CAAAAGUAAUAGUUAUAAAAGCAAAGUUUUCAGUUAAUAAAAUAACUAGGGAUUCUGCACGAUUUGCCCUUUUAGUUUUAACUUAAUUUUUCAAUAUUACCUUGUUUUUUUACGUAAGAGAUCGAUUGAUGGCAUAAAUGAUUCAUAGUAUUUUAACUAAUUUUGUUUACAUUGUUAGCAAUUACUUUGGUAAUGUUAGUGCAAUUAUUUCACUAACAACUUAUGUUGGCGCAAUAAACGUAGACGAUAUUUAUGCCACCGAUUUGAUUGAGUCUGUGAAAUAAUUCUGGUUUUAAAUAGCAAAUUUUCAGUGAAUUGAACGACGUACUUAAAAUGAACCAUUUUAUUCUAAUUACGCUUUGUCAUUUGUUUUGUUCUUCUGAUUUAAAUUUCUAAUUUUAUCGUGAUUAUCUCACACAUCUUGUAACCAAUGCAUUCACUAUUUGGAAUGCUAAUCUGUGCGAACAAAAUAAUUUCGUUUCAUUUUAGAUUACCCUUUCUUUGUUCGCUAUCUAUAUUUUGCGUGCCUGUUUAAGAUAACUGUUCUUCACUGUAUGCGAUAACUUUCCUCUUAAACAAUAGAAGUGACGAAAUUUUGACAUAGCCCUUUUUUGCUAUUUUCCGCCAGAGUCGAUACUUUUUUCGAUUUGUUAAAAAAUUAAUAAUUUUAAUCCAAGAAAAAUUAUUUUGAAAUUCAAAGGUGAUUAAAUCGUGGUACCCUCAGCUCACAUUAAAGCUGCUUUUGUGGGAUUAAUUUCAUGUUUAAUUGUAAUUAAUAUGGCAUCGUGUUCUCCCGAAAAGCUAAGAACUAUGAGCUCAGUGGAAACCAAUGAACCGCCAGAGCCCGUUUCGGGCUAUGGCUAUGGGAAAAUAUAUCUGGCCUGUAUAUCGGCUUACUUAUUCAUUUUGACCAUGGGUAUGACCGUAUCGUACACUGCCCCAGCAACUAUGGAUAUGAGAAAACCGGGAAGUCGUAUGCAGCAUAUAACGGAAGACGAUAUAACUUGGAUGGGUAGCUUGACAUUGCUUGGAGGAAUUCCUGCUAAUGCCUUGGGCGGUUAUUUUACACAUAGGUAUGGGAGAAAAACUGCCUUGAUGUUAACUUCCAUUUUGUUUACAUCAAGCUGGCUUAUGAUUGCCUAUUCAUCAUCUGUUGCAUGGAUCUGUGCAGGAAGAAUAAUCUCAGGGUUUUGCACUGGAUUGUACGUUGUUGCAAUUCCAGCGUAUGUUGCCGAAAUAGCUCCCCAAGACAUACGGGGCAUGCUCUCAUCCGGUUUACCGUUUUUCAAUAAUCUUGGAAUUCUUUUAGUAAUGAGCCUUGGACUUGUUUUAAGAUGGUCAUGGCUGGCAAUUAGUGUAGUCAUCCUGACUGUAUUCUCUGCUUUCAUGAUGGCAUUCAUGCCAGAAUCUCCCGUGUGGUUGGUCAGAGAGUCAAGAUUGUAUGAAGCAGCAAAUGGGCUGAAAUUCCUCCAUGGUAAACGUUCUAACUACAAUGCGGAAAUUGAAAAGAUUAUGGAAGUUAUUCGCUCUGAGAAACAGAACAAGCCACUUACUUUGCAGGACUUCAGAAACCCUAUUCUUUAUAAACCACUUUUGAUUUCUAUAGCUUUGUUCUUUUUUCUCCCAACCUCUGGAUUUGGACCAAUCAUAACGUACACUGUCGAAAUCUUCCAAAGAGCUGGUAGUACAAUCGAUCCCAAUCUUGCUGCUACAAUUUUAGCCGCUGUGCAAAUCUUCGCGAGUGUCGCGUGUGGUGUUGUCAUCGAUAAUUUCGGUCGUAGAAAGCUGUACAUAUUGUCUGGUGCUGGGACAUCAUUUAUGCUAAUUUGUCUGGGUAUUUAUAGCUAUAUACUGGAGUAUCAUCCCGUGAGAAAUAGUGUAAUGGGCUAUGUUCCAAUACUGUGUUUUUCUGCUUACUUAUUCAUAUUUACCUUUGGAAUUGGUUCAAUUCCGUUUGUGAUGAUACCUGAAAUGAUUUCUGUGCAGUACCGAAGCACUGUGCUUUCCAUCUCAACUGUUUGUCUUUCUAUAUUUGGAUUCGCUGUUAGCAAAUCCUUUGAUAGCUUAAGGGAUGUUUUGGGUGAUUACGGCAUGUAUUGGUUUUUCGCAUCCUUUACUUUCCUUAGUGUUGUUUUCAGUUACUUUGUACUACCCGAAACAAAGCAAUUAUCAUUCGAAGAGAUUAGUAGAUAUUUUUUAAAAUCUCAUAAAUGAUCGUUACAUUGUGUUUUUCAUUUCAUUGUGCAUUUUUUAAAAUAAUUUUUUUUCUUUUCAUAAUAUUCUGUGUUUUUUUUUAAGUAAAAAUAUCUCAUAUUACUAAGAAAUUAACAAAUAUUCAUUAACUUAUAUCCUUGUUCCCUCUGUGUUUUUCAUAUCGUUGUAUAUUUUUUGUGAAUUUUUAAUCGAUUUUGGGUCAUAUUUAUGUAUAAAGUAGUUUUUCAUAAUAAAUUUUUUUUUCCUCAUUUAUUUGCAAGUGCAUAUUCAUGCGUUCAGUUAUUUAAUUUGCAAUUUUAUAAAAUUUUAGGUCACUAGUUUUAUUAAUAAAGCAGCUAGGGGUUAAUUUGAAACCUUAAAAAAUAAUGGCGCUAAUGAAAAGACACGAUGAAAGUCGUUAUCAAAAUGUUUACUUAUAAAAUGGGGUUAGUGCUUAAUUUUCUAAGACGUGACAAACGAAAUGAAAUUUAUAUAAAUGACAAGCAUAUUUGUAAAGGAAAAUAUGAAAAAAAAAGUUUUAAAAAAUAGAACUAACUAGAUUUGUUGCUGCUUGUUUGAAUUCGAAGCUUUUAAUGUUGAACUUUAAGUUAAUUUUUUUUCCCUCUGAGUUCUUAGUUAAUAAUAAAAAAUCUUUAAGGUUCAUAAAAAGAAAUAUCAUAACGACUGAGUGUUACUUUUUGGAAUUUCAAUCAACUUCCUGAUUUGAUGAAUAAUCACGUAAUUUGAUAUAUGGCAAUAAAACUCUCAUAAAAUAUGUCCAAAACCGAUGACGAAGUUAUUUAUUUCUUACGCAGGUGCUGAAUAAAGUUGUUAGUGUUAUGGAAUCUUUCGAAUUGAACAAACGUGGCUGUGUGAUUGAAGUGGAGAAUUUCAGAUAUAAUAUCCUGUUAUUUGAUAUUUUCAGCAAUAGUUUUGUAAUUAAUUUUUAAAAAAAUACCAAAACCAAAUAGAAAUGUGUUUAAUUUAAGUAUUUGUAAUAAUUUCGGAUAUUUCUACCACAAAGUUCGUAAUUUCCGUGUGUGUUUAUGUAGUUGAAAUGAAAUAACGUAUUGUUGCGGAAUAAUUAUCCAUCUUUUAAAGUAAGAAAAUUCAACAUUUUUAUAAAAAUGGUCAUUUUAAUUUUCAACGCAAUAAAAUGAUAUUUUUAUUGUAAUUAUUUUGCGAUAUUUCAAGUUUUUGUUUUAUGUAACCUAGUAAUAAUACUAUAAAUGUAGAUUUUAAAAAAAAAAUUUAUAAUUUAGAUCCUCUUAUCUCGAAUAUGUUAUCGUUAUCACAAAAGUGUUGAUUUCAUUUAAUGAAAAGAAACACCUGAUCGUUAUUAUUUUAUUUGUUACGAUAAUGACAUAUUAGAAGGAAUUGACAUUCAUAUUUUAUCAAAUUGACGUUUAUAGUUUAUCAAGUUUCGAUGUCGCAUCAGAUUAAUAUAAACGCCCUUGAAUACUUUAAAACUGAAAUCACUUUUUUUACGAACCUUGAAAUAAAUGACAACUAAUUUUAAACAUAGUUCAUUAUGUUGACUCAAAAAUGUUAUUUACCUCAUCUUAUUAACUUGAAAUGAUCAGAAUGAAGCCUUUUGAUUUUUACUCUUAUAAUUUAUCAAAACAAUAACAUAUAUGUCAGAAAUGCCAACAUUAUCAAAUACGAAAGUUUUCGCAAAUGCUAU